AUGACCUCGGGGAACUCGCCCUACGUCAGCAAGUCUGCCCGCUACAACUUCCUCCUCUACAGAUCAGUGCGCGCCACGCCGGCCCAGUUCCGCGGCGCCAUCCCGGCGUUCAGCGCGGCCGCCUCGGCCGCCGGCAGCCUGCCAGCCAGCAGUCCGCCAUCUUCCGACACCGGCUCCGUCGGCGACAAGUCCACCGACGACACCUCGCCCCAGCUGGAGGCCAAGCGGCAGCGCAAGCGCAAGGAGGUCGAGAAGCGCGUCUCCAACUCGAGCGCGGACUCCAUGAGCUCAGACGCGGAGACAGCCUGCUCCAAGGGCCACCUGCUGCCGAUCGGUGACCCCACGACCCUGCAGCGGCGCAAGGAGUACGGCCAGCUCUGCAGACAGGUGGAGUCGCUGCAGGGCGAAGUGCGCUCCGCCCAGCUCACCAUCAGCCGCUGCAACGAGCGCGAGCGCCAGCUCAAGCACAAGCUGUCGGAGCACCAGCAGCGGCCGGAGCCGGCGGUCGGCUCGCGGCUGGAGAACGUCACCAGCAUCGACAUCGACAACCGAUCGAGCUCGCUGAUCCGCCGCUACGGCAGCCUGUACACCCACGGCCGCGCCGAGGCCAUGGCCGCGCUCGACUCGCUGCCCGAGCUGCGCAACUCGGAGGAGCUGAAGUCCAAGCUGCUCUUCAGCGUGGUUGUGCUAGCGUUCCGGUCGGUGACGAGCGGACAGCUGGCGGUGCGGGAGACGGUGCGGCGCCAGCUGCAGAUCCCGCCGCCGCCGCCGGCGCCGGCCGCGCCGCUGCCGCCUGGCCGCGGCGACCCGGCCGCCAGCGAGCGCAGCGCCCAGCUUGAACGCACGCUCACCGCCUUCCUCCAGCAGACGGUCGACACGUACGACCUCUCCAAGAACGUCGAGGAGGUGUGCAGCCAGAUCUGGGCGACGCUGUACGACUACCCGUCCCUGAGGAGCACCGAGGGUCUACUCAGCUACGUCAAGGAGAGCGUCCGCCUAGCCUGGGGGCUCAUCAACCAGAUGCCACCUUGUCGGAUCGAGUACGAGGCGCGCACGUUCAGCGCGGACCAGCACGUGCGCCACCAGGCGUCGGACGCCGCCCAGCCGGCCGUGCACACGUACAUCUGGCCGGCGCUGAUGGAGGAGGCCGUCUGCGUGCACAAGGCUGUAGUGAUCACCUGACAGGCCACGUGAGCCGGCGGUCGAGGCGCCACUUGGCGGCUGACGGUGCAGCCAGGGGGGGCGGCCGCCCGCCGACGGGCAGCACCGUCGCCUAUUCGAGAACGGGGCCACCUGUGCAGAAGGCAGCACCGUCGCCUGCUGGAGGCAACGGCCGCCUGUGAAGAGGGCAGCACCGUCGCCUGCUAGAGGCAGCGGCCGCCCGUGAAGAGGGUGACACCACCGCCUGCUGGAGGCGGCAGCCGCCCGUGGAAAGGACGGCACUGUCGCCUGCUGGAGGCGGCGACUGCCCGUGAAGAGGGCAGCACCGUCGCCCGGCGGGGGACCCGUCGGAGCGCCGUUCCAGGCGCGCGACCCACACAGCAAGAGGACGCCAUUCAUGCGGCACGUGUGAGCCGACGCCGACCGGACGACCGGGGUGACGCCGCGCGCGCCAGGCUGAAUUGGACUCGGAGACGACCCUUGGCUGUCUCAGUCGGCCGGAAGUGUUACGAACUGUUGGCCUGUGCACUAGAAGAGUGUGCGGAGAGAUCUAGUGGCCUUCGGGCCAGGCUGAGCCAAUAUAUCGAUUGAUCCUUUAGACUUUUGAUUCGGCUUACCCGUAGCAUCUCGGCCAUAGACGUGCCCGCCCUUUAGGCGUGGGCUGACAAGGUGUGGUUCGUGUAACAAACCGACUCGCUUGCUCAGACUGUUGUUUUCCCCGAGUGUACGUGGGCUGACGUAAUCCCGUAAGGUGUUCGUUCUGCGUGGUCUUCUAACACAGCGCCGCGGACGCGAGUCUUCCGCCGAAUGACGCGCCUUGUAUGAAGCGGCCCGCGGCCUCUAUCACGUAUCCGGUGGCGUAGAAUACACACGCAUGCCACUGUUAUAACAUG